ACAAAAAGCUCUUCUCACUGUAACAAAACAAUUUCCAUUAUACUGAGCUUACAGCUCAAGCCUUCCUCAUAUAAGAUGGAAUCCGUCUCUUAUGCAUUCGAAUUCCACACUUCAGUGUCCUCCAUUUUCUUCCUCAGAAGGCUUGAGAGCCUCGAACCGGGACAGAAUGGAACUCGAGAAUGAUUAAUCUGAAUGGGACAUAUCUCUUCCUAGGAUUUCUUGCCAUUUUCCGUUACCAUGUACUCUCAGUCUCAGAAGAUCUAUUGCACACCGGAGCGGAUUCAGCCUAACUAUGAACUUACCGCUAAUGGAAACUUCGAGCUCGGGAACUGUUCUUGUCCUUCGCAGCUGUUUGGGCUGCAGCAACAACCUUGGACCUCCGGAGUUUGCCAUGAGUUGGCGAGGCAGGACAGCACAGGACACGCCAAGUCGACGAGCACCACCUUGCUGAGCCGCUUUGAGUCACCGGCCUCUGCAUUUUAUGCAGCUGAGAGGUGUAUGAGGUUCCCACAAUACGGAUCUGCCAGGAUGGCUUGUGAUUCAGAAUUUCCGCUUUAUCGAUCGUCAUGCGAGAGCUUCUCGAUCAGCUCAGGAGACCAACCUGACCAGUCAUGCGAACAGGACAAGCUAUCAGUAGAUCAUGGAGACUUGUUAUGGAGGCAACUCUCAGUUCCGAAGGAAAAUCAGGACUGCAAGGUUCUUUGUAAUUCGUACAGUUAUCCUCCACCUCCGUCACAAGUGAGCUUCGCAUCACAGCAAGAGAAGCAGCCCUUGAGACUCCCAUCCGGAAGCAAUAAUUCGACUAGCUCCUCGGGGACGUUCUCUGUAUCAGCAACAUCAGCACUUCCCAACAAAACACGAAUAAGAUGGACUCAGGACCUUCAUGAGAAGUUUGUUGAGUCUGUGAAUCGCCUAGGUGGUGCCGAAAAGGCAACUCCUAAGGCUAUUCUGAAGCUCAUGGAUUCCGAUGGAUUGACAAUCUUCCACAUAAAGAGUCAUUUGCAGAAGUAUCGGAUAGCAAAGUACAUCCCAGAGUCUGCAGAAGGAAGGAACGAAAAAAGAACGAUCCUAAGUGAAGUUCCCCGGCUUGAUCUGAAAGGCGGCUCGCAUAACAAGGAAGCACUGCAGCUUCAACUGGAUGUCCAGAGGCAACUCCAUGAACAACUAGAGAGGAAGUUACAGCUGCGAAUCGAAGAGCAGGGGAGACAACUCAGGAUGAUGUUCGAUCAGCAGCAGAAAACGAGAAAGGCGCUAUUAAGCAAUCAGAACAAGUUGGGUCUCGAAGACGAUCAAUCCUUGGGAGCUGGAGGAUCCGAGAACGCACAAUUCCCAUCCAAAAUAAGUUAAGACUCUCGAAGAAAGCAGCAAUCAGCUGAAUCCUUUUAUUUGCAAGAGCAAUCAUUGGUUUAGUCAAAACAAAAAAGAAAGAAAGAAAGAAAGAAAGAAAGAAAGAAAACAACCCGAACCGUGCAGAAGUCCCUGUGAUGAGGGUGACAGUAUCUGUUUGUAAAGAUAUACCAAAUGUACACAGGCUAUGUUGGUGAAGUAUAGAAGACGAUGACGAGCACAUAUGUUGCAAGUCCAGAGGAGUCCCGGUCUCAGUCUCACUCUCACUAUUAUACUAAUGUUCUGUUUCAUUUCAUGUCUCUGAGUUUAGAUCGAAUCCAUGAGAGUCAAGAGUUCAUGAAAGGUUGCUGAAAUUCCUCAGCAAAAGGGUCAUCAGUGUAUGCCAAUACCUGCCGGAAGCACUUGGUUGCUCUACUAACGUUUGUCCUCCUACACGAUAUUUCCACAAGCACUUAUGAGCUCUUCGGAACAGGUACAAGAAAUCAGUCAGAUGCCCUGUGUCAAAAAUACUUAAUCCUGAUGUCUGGCCUUCAGGAAGAGCUAAUUACCCAUCACAUCAUAGUUUUAAGAACAUGGACGCUUGAUUGAAGAAUUUUGUUCGACAGAAUCCAACAAAAACCCGAUUAGCUCGCUUCAAUGGGCGACACUUUUAUUGCUGUAAGACCAUCUCCUGCAUGGUUUUAAAUUCGAUUUGGACUGGUGUGGAGUGGACAAUGUUUAAUCAUUAUUUGGUUAUUGAAGACGUUU